CCCCGGGUCAAGGUGGUCGCGCGGCGCAGAGUUGCCGAGCGAGCGGGAGCGGGCGGUGGAGGCCUGGCCGUGGGCGCGCGUCUCCGCACUCCGGCGGGUCGCCGCGGACGGCUGGCACCCGUGCCACUGGGGAAGACAGCGUCGGGACUCGAACCACCCAGGGGACUGAAUUGCAACGGCAGAAGCAAUAAAUGACUCUUUAAAGAUGCCACAGCACUGCAGAAAGUGAAGGGGAACCUAGAGAGGAUGAUGAAGUGAGAAAAUGUUUUUCCCAAGGACAAGAAGCUUAACAAGGAAAAGAAGCUUUCUGCAAAUAACUGAUAAACCCACCUUUAGAAGCACUUCUCGGGCCCUCAUGAAGUAGCUGAAAUUUGUACUGCAAGGCCCUGCUUGCCUGCUGAUCACCCAGAGUGAUUGUCACCAUGGCCAGUAAGAGGAAGUCCACCACCCCAUGCAUGAUCCCAGUUAAGACCGUGGUGCUGCAAGGUGCCAGCACAGAGGCCCAGCCUGUGGAAACUUUGCCUGAAGGUCCCCAGAAGGAUCUUCCCUCAGAGGCCCCUGAUGCCACCAGCGAGGGAGCUCCAAACUCCAGCAUCACUGAUGGCUCUACCCUGGCAAAUGGGCACCGGAGCACUUUGGAUGGCUAUGUGUAUUCCUGUAAAGACUGUGACUUCAGGUCCCAGGACAUGACCCAGUUUGUAGGGCAUAUGAACUCAGAGCACACAGACUUUAAUAAAGACCCACAUUUUAUAUGUACAGGGUGCAGUUUCCUUGCAAAAACCCCUGAGGGGCUUUCCUUACACAAUGCCAAGUGUCACUCAGGGGAAGCCAGCUUUUUGUGGAAUGUGACCAGGCCAGACAAUCAUGUAGUGGUGGAACAGACUGUCCCUGAGAACACUAGCACAUCUGACCUAGCAAGUGAGUCUACUACUGACGGGACUGAUGGACAAGCUGAAAUCAUUAUUACCAAGACACCAAUCAUGAAGAUAAUGAAAGGCAAAGCUGAAGCCAAGAAAAUUCAUAUGCUUAAAGAAAAUGUUCCCAAUCAGCCUGUGGGUGAGGCCUUGCCAAAGCCAUUGGCUGGGGAGGCAGAGGUUAAAGAGGGGGACCACACUUUCACCAAUGGGGCAGCUCCAGUCAGUCAGGCACCUGCUAGCUCCUCAAAGCCCACUCAUGCUGCCAAUGGGCCCCUGAUAGGAACAGUGCCAGUACUGCCAGCUGGUAUAGCACAAUUCCUCUCCCUCCAGCAGCAGCCCCCAGUACAUGCCCAGCACCAUACCCACCAGCCCCUGCCCACAUCCAAGGCCCUUCCGAAAGUCAUGAUCCCCCUGAGCAGCAUCCCAACAUACAAUGCAGCUAUGGACUCCAACAGCUUUCUGAAGAACUCCUUCCACAAAUUCCCCUACCCAACCAAAGCUGAGCUCUGUUACUUGACUGUAGUGACCAAGUAUCCAGAAGAACAGCUUAAGAUCUGGUUCACAGCCCAGAGGCUGAAGCAGGGAAUCAGCUGGUCUCCUGAGGAGAUUGAAGAUGCCCGGAAAAAGAUGUUCAAUACAGUCAUCCAGUCUGUGCCUCAACCCACUAUCACAGUGCUAAACACCCCUCUUGUUGCCAGUACCGGCAAUGUACAGCAUCUCAUCCAGGCCACUCUCCCAGGCCAUGUUGUGGGACAGCCAGAGGGCACAGCAGGGGGCCUCCUGGUCACUCAGCCAUUGAUGGCCAAUGGGUUACAGGCAUCAAGCUCUUCUCUCCCUCUGACAACUGCAUCUGUUCCCAAGCCAUCUGUGGCACCCAUCAACACCGUGUGUUCAAAUACAGCAUCAGCUGUAAAGGUAGUCAAUGCAGCCCAGUCACUCCUCACAGCAUGCCCCAGCAUAACUUCCCAAGCCUUCCUUGAUGCAAGCAUCUACAAAAACAAGAAGUCUCACGAACAGCUGUCAGCUCUGAAAGGAAGCUUCUGUCGGAACCAGUUCCCUGGGCAGAGUGAAGUGGAGCACCUGACCAAAGUGACAGGCCUCAGUACCAGAGAGGUGCGGAAGUGGUUCAGUGACCGGAGAUACCACUGCCGGAAUCUUAAGGGCUCCAGGGCCAUGAUGCCUGGAGAGCAUGGCCCUGUUCUCAUUGACUCUGUGCCAGAGGUGCCCUUUUCCCUGUCAUCCAAAGUUCCGGAAGUGACCUGUAUCCCAACAGCAACCUCACUAGCAAGCCACCCUGCCACCAAACGACAAUCUUGGCACCAGACCCCAGACUUCACGCCAACCAAAUACAAAGAGAGAGCCCCAGAGCAGCUGCGAGUCCUGGAGAGUAGCUUUGCACAAAACCCGCUUCCCCCUGAGGAAGAGCUGGACCGCCUGAGAAGUGAAACCAAAAUGACCCGAAGGGAAAUUGACGGCUGGUUCUCAGAGAGGCGGAAAAAAGUAAAUGCUGAGGAGACCAAGAAGGCUGAUGGGCAGGUACCGCAGGAGGAGGAGGGUGCUGAGGAUGAGGGUGGAGAUGAAGAGUUGGCCAGUGAGCUGAGGGUUCCUGGUGAAAAUGGCUCUCCUGAAAUGUUUCUUAGCCAUACCUUGGUGGAGCGGAAGGUCAGCCCCAUCAAAAUCAACCUCAAGAACCUGCGGGUCACUGAAGCCAGUGGCAAGAAUGAGCUUCCAGGGCUGGGUGUCUGUGAGCCCGAGGAAGAUGGCUUGAACAAGCUAGUAGAACAGCCACCAGGCAAAGUGAGCUACAAAAAGACAGCACAGCAACGCCACUUGCUACGGCAGCUCUUUGUCCAGACACAGUGGCCAAGCAACCAGGACUACGACUCUAUCAUGGCCCAAACAGGACUGCCCCGGCCCGAGGUGGUACGCUGGUUCGGAGAUAGCAGGUAUGCCCUGAAGAAUGGCCAGCUCAAGUGGUACGAAGACUAUAAGAGGGGCAACUUCCCACCAGGUCUGCUCAUCAUUGCCCCUGGCAACCGAGAGUUGCUGCAAGAUUAUUACGUGACACACAAGAUGCUGUGUGAGGAAGACUUGCAGACCCUUUGUGACAAGACCCAGAUGAGUGCCCAGCAGGUCAAGCAAUGGUUUGCUGAGAAAAUGGGUGAAGAGACCCGGGCUGUGGCAGAUACAAGCAAUGAGGACAAGGGCCCUGGAACUGGAGAGCCUGUGGCAGUUCAUAGAGUGCUGGGUGAUGCCUAUUCAGAGAUGGCUGAGAACAGUGAAUCAUGGGAGCCAAGUGCUCCUGAGGCCAGCUCAGAGCUCUUUGACACUUCGAGUCCCCAGACUGGACGUCAGCUCGAAACAGACUGAAUUUGAUCUGAUUACUGUGAAGGACCGACCAGUCUAGGAUGCUGUCUACCAUGUGGAGGGGCCAAACCUGCCAUGCAUCAUUUUGAUGGACAGCUGCCAGGCACCCAAGAGAGACUCUGGAGGCCUCACUGAGCCUGGAACCUGCCGCCGCCCUAACCACCCUCUGCCUGAUAUUUCUAAGCAAGUAGCAAGGGGUUCUCAUGAGCCCAUCCUCCCACUGUGCAGGACCGCUCCUUUGCUUUCCGGGGACAAAGAGUUCAGAUUACAUAGACCUAGACCCAGAAUCAAGUUUUUAGCAUAUACAGCUGCCUAUAUACAUUUAAUAAAGCAUCCAACUACAGACACUCUCAAUCCAUAGGAACUCGGGUUAGAAAAGCAGUACAGCUCUGACAAUGCCGUGUCUGUUCUCUGGGAAGUUGAGACUACAGGGGCCCACAUCUUCUGCAGCAGCAGGAGUUAUGUGUGUGCUCAGAACUGCUUGAGGCCCAGUCCUUCUUGCCUUCUCAAGGGAACAGAACUGUUGAAGAGACCCCGCAACAUUGAGUGGAGGCAAGCCAGAUUUUGUGCAAGGCUUGCCUGUGUUCUGGUUGAUAGAGCCUGCUGUUAUCCUCAAUUCUGAACACAGCCCAGCUAUGAGAUUACUACUGGAUGCUUAUCACUCUCGUUAGUUAACUGUAAUUCUGAUUUUUCAUGGAGCUUGAAUCAUGGACCAACUUCUCCAUUAUCAGAUCAGCUAAAGAAGCCAUUUUUGUAAAGCCUAAUGUACUGACCUAUAUGCUCCCUUCAGCCCUUCAGUUCCGACUCCUUUAGAGAGAAAGGAAAGUGGGCAUGGUAGAGCCGGUUGCUGUGGCUUUGGCCAUCAUAGUGCUCUCAAUGCCUCCUGCAGGUCAGAAGGAAGUACACUGUGGCUGGUAGGAAGAGUGAGGCUGAAGGGCGUGGGAGUUUUUAAAUGACCAGAGCUGGAGUGGUCUUGAAAACAAAGACCUGCCACACACCAAGGGCCUGACCAACUACUGGUUUCGUAAUCCAGAGGUGCUGGACAUCACUGGAUAGGUUCCUGUGAGGUGUUUUUAAAGUUUGAAAUUUAUAUUCCCAACCUGAGAAACAAGAACUUACUUUUGCCUAAGCCUUGUGUCCUUUAGAUUAAAAUCACAAGAAAAGGUGCCUUUGAAACAAUGGAAAACUUGCUUAUGGAGCUGUACUAAAUAUUAAAGCCUCAGUGUCUCCAAGGCUGGCUUCUCCAAGAGCAGUGGAUAAAGCAGGGCAGGGGAGAGACAAAGAUGACAAACAGGAUGUGUUAUCCAUGACCCCACUUACCUCUUGGAAACUCCACCAGUAGAGCCACAGGCAGAGCAAGAAUUUUGACCAAGAAACAGCGGUUAACUUCUAGGUGUUGUCUUGGCUCCCCUCACAGGGAGCUAUAGGCUUUGCUUAGUCUGAGGAUGAGCAUGGCGGCCUUCAGCCUUCUAGGAAAGAGGGCUUUCUCUGGAACCCAGAGCCCUGGAACCAUUAUAAGAUGUUUCUCUUGCCUUUCCUGUCCCCACAGGGAUGAUCUCACAUUUGUCUCAGAUUGGGGUAUUUUUUGACUACUUGGCAAGUUUUGCAGUCUAUUUUUGUAUCCUUUCUGUUUGGGGAGAGAAAUUAUUUGGCCCCAAACCUCGAGGAAUUGGAAAGAAUGGUGAGUGACUGUUUUCCUUCAGAGAACAGACAUCUGAAAGUUUUUCUUCAGUGUUUGUUUACGUGCAGAUCGGCAUAUCCACAUAUACAGUACACAUACUUAUUUGAUACUUACACAAACACAUCUCAUAUCCACAUGAGCUUCAUGUGGAUGCCCAAGGGGAAAGUAGCCUGUAUGUGAAGAGAUGACAAUACACUGGGCAGCUGGAGCAGCCGAGGAAGCCAUCUUGUCCAAGAAAGCACCUGUGUCUCACCUGAGGCCAGAUGCCUGCUGGCUUCACCUAUACAGCCCUGCUGCACUAGCUGAAUGGUAGAGUCUAUGAAAAGGUCUGAACAAUUGACAAAGAACAGAAACACUAAAUUACUUGGUGGACACUAUGCUGGACACAGAUAGCAGCCUGGGCUCAGACACCAGGCAGUCUUCUGGAUGGGAAGUUGCAGUAACACUGGCCCAGCACUCCUUUCUCAGAGCUGGUGAUGGCAAGACUGCCCAGGUAAGAAACCCAACAGAUGAAAUGGACCUUGUUUCUUCCUUUGCUUUGGGAUGGGGGAGGGAAGUUGUGGCUUGGACCUUAGGUUGGUAGGUAAUGAUGAGGGAGGUGGUCAUGGAGCAGGUGCUUCAGAGAAGAGCUCUGGGUGCUGGCAGAGAAGUAGGGGUGUAAGUUGACGGCUACCAGGUCUGUGGCUGCUAUGUGACAGAUCACAGUGGCCUCGUACAGUCAGAGGGUCAAGUUCUCUGUGUUGUCAGUAGAAGGCUGGCUGUGGGCUGCAGAGGUGGGAUGGAAUGUGCUUCUCCUGACAAAGCUUGCACUGUCAGAUGAGUCCUGCCCCAUCCUUUGCACUACCACUCACUUGGACUUACAGAGGCAGUAAACGCUAAGUGUUCUCUGUUGUCUGCAUGUUUUAUUUUUUUCUAUUUACACGGGGUUGCAAGUUCAGUUUUAAACCAGAUCCCAUUCGAACAGAAAUCUUAACUAUAGGUUUUGCAUAUUAUUUGAUCAAAAUGUUUUUUUGAUCAUAGAGAUUUUUCUUUUGGGAAUUGGGUGUGUCAGUGUGGGAAGUCCUUUCCCUGGAUGGCUUGCCAGCACUUUGAGGUCACUAGUGACUGCUCUUCUACUUUUCUCUUGGCUGAGUGGCAGCAGCUUUUAGGUGAACAGAAUACCUUAGCCUGAGGCAUCCCUCCCUCUGGAAGCAGAAUAAUUGAGUGAGACCCAGUAUCCUCCAAUCUGUCCCCCAUCUGACCUUGAAUGUUUUCUACCCAGAAGCUUAGCACUCCCCAGGCCCAGAUAUCUCUCAGAGGGUUUACUUACUCUGUCAGUAGCUAUGCCACAACUGUGCCCCUUCCUCCUUGCCCCCUAGGACACCUGUUACACAGCUGCCUUGUGUGGAGCAUGGGAGGCAGCCUUUCCGGUUAGAGUCUCUUGCAUUGUCCCCCAGGUGACUGUUAAGUUAUCCCUGUCUUGAGCCAUUGCCUCUCAUCUUCCUAGUCUCUGUAUGGACCAAAAUCCUCAGAUUGGAGCAGCUCAGUCAGUUCAGAAAUGAGCUAAGAAGAAAAUCCUAAAAGAAAACUUAGAAUCUGUUUUUCCUAAAGCCCCCACCUUUACUGGCUGUUUCCCAGAGAAUUUGUAUCACAUUCAUUCGCAAGGCUCAUCUGUCUGAAAGUCUUCUAGAUACACGAAGGUCUUCUUUGGUUAGCUCAUCCUGACCAAGGUUUAGCAGGGUGCCUGGUUUUCCUUACUCCAGACUAGGAUCCCCUCUUCAGCAUCCCUAACUUAGCUCCCUGUUCUUUUUCUCAAGAGCACACUGCUCACCACUAUCCUGCCCAGACCUUUAGGGGGUGAUUUCCAUGUGUUCUAGCACUGGAGCACACAGGUUUUCUCUCAGCAUAGCCCUUCCCUAGACUUCAACCUGAAUUCGCCACACUGCAGUUUGUUCUGCCUUGGUUCAGUGGAGCAGGCAAAUGACUGCACAGUAUACUCCAGGGCUCAUGAGGCUGCUGGGCCUUCAGUGGAACAGCCGGGUUUGGCAUUGACUGACUGGUGUGACAGACCUGAUCAGACUGCUCACUGUUUGGAUCGCUACCUGGGUUAUCAGAAGAAAUACAAAAGGAACUGAGUCCUCAGAAUCCAUUUUUGCUACAGUCUGUGUUCCUAGUGCCUGGCCACUAAGGGUGGCUGUGUGGAGUAACAAACCUAUGUGCACUCAGAGCCCAGAGCCUGCACUUGGUCAUGAAGCUCACUGGGUCUAUAGUCUUAGGACUGAGAACCAGCUUUGGGGUCUGAAUGCUUGUCAACACUAGCCAGCAAUCCUAUGGACAUGGUCCUCUAGACUUGAAAAAUACAGGGUUUUUUUUUUAGCUCAGGUCUAGUAGGAACACCUCUCCUCAAGCCCUCUGAAGCCUGGAGCAAGGGUGGAAAUGAGACUAAUCAGACCCCGGUUGCCGAAGGACAGAAGUAAGUACCUGCUUCCUUUGGUUUUCGGUCUCUUGUUAUGAUUUGCAGAGCUGAAUGGAUUCAGUGUGGUUAUUGCUCUGUUGUCUCUGCCCUCCUUGAGCUAGACCUUGCUCUUAUUCUGGCAGGAACCAGGCAGAGCAGGGAGAAAACAGCUAUUUGGCAGGCUGCAUGAUGUCUUCCUGCUGUUUAUAAGGAUGAGUGGAUGGCAAGUCAGGACACCCAACAGGGACCUGCACAUUUACCUGCUAUCAGUGCCUCUUCUGUCAAGAGAGUGGUGUACUUUGCACAUAGAUGGGCACCUGUGUGUUAAUAGCUUUUCUUGGCCAAUGUCUUUUGACACGUAUUCCCUUCUAUGGAAGGUGGGUGAUUUACAAUUACUCUAUACAAGUGGAGUUGAAGGUAAAAUGUCUAUGAUAAAGCCUGCUCAGACACUGAAUAUAGAAAGGGUUGCCAGUGCUUGAUCCUUCCCAAGCAAGUCCCCAAAGAGACAUUGUCCAUCCAGUGAAAGUCUAUUAUAAAGUGGUCCCUGUUAACCCGCAGUUUGUGCUUAGAGAUCUUGUCCCUAGCUCCUGCCCACACAGCUUAGUCUUGUUCAUGUAGCUUUGUCAGCUUCGGGUCAGGGUCCCAUGUGAGGAGGUUGGCUGCAGUGAGAGCCAGCAGGGUUCCAGCAUGAGUUGGGUUGCUCCUUGUGAAAUUGGGUGGGCUGAGGGCAGCAGUGGUCACUAGGGCAGUGAUCUCUGGCCCAUGCUUCUGAGUAGCCUGCUUUGUUCAGCUUUGCCAGGAAGGUCAGACUGUGUCAUAAUGUUAUUAAACAGAGAAAACUGGCCAACCUUUCUCUGGCCCCUGCUGACUAUUGUUCUUUGAGUUGUCCUAACACAGCCCUUGGGGAAGUUGGGGAGGCUGCCAAGGACGUGCAGACUCCUUGCUGACAAUAUCCUGGUUCCUGGUCCUCCAGCACCUGCUUUAUGUUCUGAUCUCAGUGUGGAUGGCUUUGUCAUUGGGGGCCAUACUGCUGAGAACUGUGACUGGGGGAUGACUUGAACAGUCUGCCUUUCGUGUGCUUCCUGUCUCCCAGAAACAGCUGAAGUGAUUACCCUGGUGCUAAAUGAGAGUCACCUGCUACUGUGACCAGCUAUGAGAGGAAAUUGAGAAAUAGCUUAUCUGUCACAUAGGCCUUUGUGGAAUGGGAAUUUUCUGUGUGGCCCUGGCUGGUCUGAAAUCCACUUUGUAGAUCAGAUGACACUCUUCCUGCCUCUGCCUCCCAAGUAAUGAGUUACAGGCAGGCAUGGGCCACACCUUGCUGGAAUGUGGGAAUCCUUUACCCCAAGAAACAUCUGAAUAGAAAGACGGCCUUGGCCUUUGGUGUGGGCUGUGUGUGGUGGGAGGUGCGGGGCUGACCUCCACGUAAGGUCCCCCAUGGGGAUGCUGCUAUUUCUAAGAUGCAAAUUGCACAUUUCCUAGAUUUUGUAUCUGCAAAUUUGGAUAAGGGAUGGGAUGAGGGACAAAACUGCUUAUGUAGUUUGAAAUGGGCCUCAGUGGUACUUCCAAUCUUUUGACUGUUCCUAAAUAAAAAUGUACAGACAUUUCUUA